AUGGAAGAUGCAGCAUCCGCACCAACUCAAAGAGCAGUACCAAACCAGAAUACAACACCAGCACCAGAAUCCAAUCCCUAUUACCUACAUCCCAAUCAAAGCUCAUCGCUGGUCUUAGUAUCUCCUUCAAUGAAUGGAAAGAACUUCCACACAUGGCAAAGAUCAAUGCGUAUGGCACUCCUAUCAAAGAACAAGCUUGGUUUUGUUAAUAGAACAAUCAAGAAACCAGAUGCUGACAGUCCUCUAUUUGGUUCAUGGGAAAGGUGUAACACUAUGAUAAUUUCUUGGCUCAAUCGAUCCAUCUCAGAAUCCAUUGCACAAUCAGUGCUUUGGAUGGAGAAAGCAGAUGAUAUAUGGAACAACUUGAAAGACAGGUUUGCUCAAACUGAUAUGUUUAGAAUUUCUGAUCUUCAAGAUGAAAUUUUCAAAUUGCAGCAAAGAGACAAAUGUGUUUCAGAUUACUUCACCCAAUUAAAGAUUUUAUGGGAUGAAUUAGAAAGCUUACAGCCAAUUUUACCAUCUUGCGCAUGUGGAGCAGCAACACAAGUAAAGGAUACUCGUGAAAGGGACUAUGUAAUAAGAUUCUUGAAAGGGUUAAAUGACCAAUUUGAACAUGUGAGAGCUCAAGUAAUGCUAUUAGACCCUCUUCCAUGUUUUAACAAAGUAUUCUCAUUGAUUAUUCAGCAAGAAAGGCGCCUGAAAAUAGGAGUCCAAGAUUCACAAUCUUUCAUCAAUAUUGUUGAACAACAAAAUUCCAGAGGACAACUAGACAGAGGACAGACUCGAUAUCAUCCAAAUUUCAAUCAGAACUUCAACCAAGGUUUCAAUCAAGGAAGAGGCCAAGGUUUUAAUCAAGGAAGAGGCCAAGGUUUCAAUCAAGGAAGAGGCCAAGGUUUCAAUCAAGGAAGAGGUCGUGGAAAUAAGUUUUGCACAUAUUGCAAGAGAACAAACCAUACCAUCGAGACAUGCUAUCUCAAGCAUGGAUUUCCACCAGGAUACCAAACCAGAAGACCAUAUGCUGCUGUUGCUGCUACAAACUUUGUUUCACUAGAAUUUGAUGAUAGUGUACACAAUACUGAUCCAGAACCUGAACCAGAAUCUCUGAAUCUUGCCUUUUCAAAAGAACAACAUCAAGAAAUUGUGGAACUUCUACAAAGAUCAAAGCUGCCUCACUCAUCCAAUAUGAUUCAAACCCACUCAUCUGCUUUCAAUAUAGGUAACACAGUAUCAGAUAUCAACCAACCAGACGAUUGGUUCAGCUAA